GAUGAUAAAUAUGUCGGUUGGGUCCCGUUGUUGAAGGCUUUGGAUUCUCCAACCAGCCACAGCCUCUCUUUCGUGUCUGCAACGACUCUUCCCUUCCUUUCGCUUUUUGGAAAAGCAUCCAGUUCUCUUCGUUUACCGCAACGACUUGACGUCCGUUCGCUAUCUUUUACAACCAACCUUGACUGAGCACCUUUGCCGUUGAGACUUUCACCCAAAGAACACUACACCACCAUCACCACCACCAAGCUUUUCACCAUGAAGACCACCGGCACUGUUGCGGCUAUCCUCGGCCUCGUUUCGAGCGCCACCGCCCACUACACCUUCGACAAGCUCCUGGUCAACGACCAGCAGGUCGGCGGAGACAACACCUACAUCCGGAAGCACAACAACGGAUACAUGCCCAUCAAGUUCAACAACCCCCCUGAGGGCUCCAUCACCCCCCUUGAUGCCGACUUCUCCUGCAACAAGGGCGCCACCGGUGCCCCCGAGGUGAUCACGGUCAAGGCCGGCGACAAGAUCGGCCUCCGCCAGGCCUUUGGCGCCAACGGCAUCCAGCACCCCGGCCCGUCGCAGGUGUACAUCGCCCCCGUCAGCGACGCCAAGACCGACGGCGGCAGCGACUGGUACAAGAUCCACCAGUCCCUGGUCUGCCGGGAGGGCUCGCCCGAGACCUUCAAGACCAACGCCUGGUGCAGCUGGGACGAGAACAACGUGUGGGGCGUGAUCCCAGCCACCAUCCCCAACGGGCAGUACCUCCUCCGGGCGGAGCACAUCGGGCUGCACGGCGCGCACGACGGCCAAGCCGAGUUCUACACCUCGUGCGCGCAGAUCGAGGUGACGGGCAACAGCGCGACCGCCAUCCCGGGCCAGUCGACCAAGUUCCCCGGCGGCUACCAGGCCAGCGACCCGGCCGUCAACUUCAGCGUCUGGGGCCGCUCCACCUCGUACGACACCGCCCCCGGCCCGGACGUCAUCCCGGGCGGCACCAUCCGUGGCUCUGCCAGCGGCGCCGGCGGCGACAACCUCCAGACCGUGCCCGGCGCCGGCGGCAGCAGCAGCGAGACCGUCGACACCACCGACCCGGCCCCUUCGCCGUCCGCUCCCGCGCCUUCGCCCUCGGCCCCUGCUCCGUCGCCGUCGACGCCCGCUCCGUCCCCGACUGGUGCUCCCGCCCCAACCCCCACUGUCCAGCCCGGCAACGGUGAGGGCAGUGGAAACGGUAAGGGCAAGGGCAAGGGGAAGGGCAAGUGCCCGCGCUCGUUCCCGCGCCGUGCGGCCGCGCUUCUUGCGGCUGAGAUUGAUGCCGAGACUGCUCAGCAGUAAGGUGCUUUUUGUGUGAGAUGCCCGCCGAUUGUGGGUGGGUUGGUAUCUCGGGAGGAAGGGCCGUGCAUCACUCCAUAUUUGUGAUGAGCGGCUGAGAGAGAGGGAGAGACUUGGUCUCGAUGAGACUUUUGGGGCGGGUUCCUGCAAGCUGGUUUGCAGUUUUGGUUUACGACUUCUUGUAUAUUGCUGUUAGCGGCUUGUAUAAACAAUUCAUUUUGAAGUGUUUCGAUCUUGAACGUGGUCAAACCCC